CACCAUACGAUCUCAUUGUUUUGAUUGCUGAUAUGACGCAGAUGUUACAUUUCCGAGGUCAUAAGUGUAAACAUCGCAAUUUUUUCUUCGCGUUUGACUGGUGGGUGGUGGGUGGAGUUGGGUCAGGGUGGAGUGAGUCUGUUAAUAAUGUCUUUUACAGACUUAAGGGACUUCAACUUAAUUCAAAGUGUCCUAUGAAGUAACCUCAUAUCUGGUUUCUAGGCUUACUAUGGCUUUGGAGUUUGGCUCGGUAUUUUAGGAGCUUUUUUACCUUUCCAGUUUGUGCCAACUUGAACUGCCAAAUUUUAGAUAAACUUAAAGGACUCUGUAAAAGCAUAUAAUAGUCUGAGUGGCUAUUUUAAGACUGCAUUUCUUUGUCCAAACACAAAUAAAAAUGGAAAAUGGUUAAAAUAGCAAAAAUUGGGUGAAAUAGCUAAAAAAAAACAACGAAGUCAGAACAUAACCAUAAACCAACCCUUAGGUACCCCUAUUCCCUAACCUCAUCCACUGAUUUUUGCAUACCUGAGGAAAAGGAAAAGGCUCAAACGAAUAGAUUGCAAGCAAUGAAAUAAGAACAUCAAUCAAGCUUGGUUUGGUUGGCAUGAAAAAUGGAUUGCACUGGCAAAAACCCAUAUGACAACAUUCUGAAGGAGCUGACUGUGGGGGAAACCGCCUACAAGUACUAUGACAUCACAGCUCUAAAUGACCCGAGAUAUGACCAGCUGCCGUUCUCCGUGCGCGUUCUGCUCGAGUCGGCGGUGCGCUGCUGUGACGAGUUCCAGGUGCGCAGUGCCGACGUCGCCAACAUCCUGGACUGGCGAGCCAACACGGCCGACGACGCUGCGGCCGUGGAGGUGCCCUUCAAACCGGCGCGGGUCAUCCUGCAGGACUUCACGGGCGUGCCGGCCGUGGUGGAUUUUGCCGCCAUGCGCGAGGCAGUGCGCUCCCUGGGCGGGGACCCGGACAAAAUCAACCCCGUCUGUCCGUCGGACCUUGUCAUCGACCACUCGGUGCAGGCCGACUUCACACGCACCUCUGACGCUCUGAAGAAGAACCAGGCUCUGGAGUUUGAGCGGAACAAGGAACGGUUCCAGUUUCUCAAGUGGGGCUCCCAGGCGUUCCGCAACAUGCUGAUCGUGCCUCCGGGCUCCGGUAUCGUGCACCAAGUGAACCUCGAGUACCUGGCACGCGUCGUGUUCGACACGGACGGCCUGCUCCGACCCGACUCUCUGGUCGGCACCGAUAGCCACACCACCAUGAUCAACGGCCUGGGCGUGCUCGGCUGGGGCGUGGGCGGGAUUGAGGCAGAGGCGGUGAUGCUGGGACAGGCCAUCAGCAUGGUGCUGCCUCCCGUGGUCGGAUAUAAGAUCACAGGGACGGCCAGCCCGCUGGCGACGUCCACCGAUAUUGUGCUCACAAUCACAAAGCACCUGCGUCGUGUCGGCGUGGUGGGCAAGUUUGUCGAGUUUUUCGGUCCCGGCGUGAGUCAGCUGUCGAUCGCUGAUCGAGCCACCAUCUCCAAUAUGUGUCCAGAGUACGGCGCCACCGUCGGCUUCUUCCCAGUGGACGCCAAGAGCAUCGACUAUCUGAGACAGACCGGCCGUGACGAGGCGCGUAUCGCGGUGACCGAGGCGUACCUGCGUCGCGUCGGUCUGUUCCGCGACUACUCGUCGGCUGGAGAGGACCCGACCUUCUCACAGGUGGUCGAGCUCGACCUCGCCUCCGUGGUACCGUCCCUGAGCGGACCUAAACGGCCCCACGACCGCGUGGAUGCAUCUGGAAUGAAGGAGGAUUUUCUGCAGUGUCUUUCCAAUAAGGUUGGAUUUAAGGGUUACGGCCUGGCGCCGGAGCGGCUAUCUCACAGGGAGGAGUUCACACUGGACGGACAGACGUACAGCCUGGGACACGGCUCGGUGGUGAUCGCCGCCAUCACCAGCUGCACCAAUACCAGCAACCCGAGCGUCAUGCUGGGAGCAGGUAUCCUGGCCAAGAAGGCGGUGGAGCGCGGCCUGUCGGUCCAGCCUUGGAUCAAGACGUCCCUGUCCCCCGGCUCCGGCGUCGUCUCCCACUACCUGGAGGACAGUGGUGUGCUACCGUUCCUACAGCAGCUCGGCUUUGAUGUGGUCGGCUACGGGUGUAUGACCUGUAUCGGCAACAGCGGGCCGCUGCCCGAGCCCGUCAGCGAGGCCAUCGAAAAGGGUGACCUGGUGUGCUGCGGCGUGCUCUCCGGUAACCGCAACUUCGAGGGCCGCAUCCACCCGCACUCGCGCGCCAACUACCUGGCCUCGCCGCCGCUAGUCAUCGCCUACGCGCUGGCCGGCCGCGUCGACAUCGACUUUGAGACGACGCCGCUCGGCACCUCCGAGUCCGGAGAUCCGGUGUACCUGCGCGACAUCUGGCCGACACGAGAGGAGAUCCAGGCGCUCGAGGCCAAGUCGGUGAUCCCGGCCAUGUUUAAACAGGUCUACUCCAAGAUCACACAGGGCAACGAGAACUGGAACUCGCUGGAGACGCCGGAGACCAAGCUGUACCCGUGGGACGACAACUCCACCUACAUCAAGCUGCCGCCCUUCUUCCAGGGCAUGACCAAGGAGCUGCCACCGCCAGUGGUGAUUCAGGAGGCGCAUGCGCUGCUGUUCCUCGGCGACUCUGUGACCACCGACCACAUCUCACCGGCCGGCAGUAUCGCCCGCAACAGCCCGGCAGCGCGCUACCUGGCCGCCAGGGGGCUAACUCCGCGCGAGUUCAACUCGUACGGCUCCCGGCGCGGUAACGACGCCGUGAUGGCUCGCGGCACGUUCGCUAACAUCCGGCUGGUGAACCGACUGGUGGACGCGCCCGGGCCGCGCACCGUUCACGUGCCCUCCGGAGACACCAUGGAUGUGUACGACGCGGCCGACCGCUACCGCCAGGAGGGCCGGCCGCUCAUCAUUCUGGCAGGGAAGGACUACGGCUCGGGCAGCUCGCGAGACUGGGCUGCCAAGGGGCCGUUCCUCAUGGGCGUGCGCGCCGUGAUAGCCGAGACGUACGAGCGUAUCCACCGUAGUAACCUGGUCGGUAUGGGCAUCGUGCCGCUGCAGUACCGCGCCGGCGAAUCGGCCGACUCGCUGGGUCUGAGCGGCCGCGAGACGUUCACGGUGCAGCUGCCGCCUGCUGACCGGCUCACCCCCGGCAUGGACGUACCCGUCACGACGGGAGACGGCAAGACGUUCCACGUGGUGCUGCGCUUCGACACCGAGGUGGAGCUCACCUACCACCGGCACGGCGGCAUUCUCAACUACAUGGUGCGCAAGAUGCUCUGAGCGCCGCGUGACGUCAUUGGCCCAAAAUUUACCAACCGGGAGAGUUGGUGUGCUGAGAGACAAACGCCGCCCGGCGGCCCCGUGCCAUCGGUUUCUGACUGACAUGGUUACCGAAUGGGACACUGCGAGUGUUAUCGAAUGCUGGGGAACUAGUUUGGAUUAGAGGUGACGGUUCGGCGUGUGUAUACUGUUGACGGGCGGUAUCGGUUUGAACUGAAACUCUGUUCCUGAUGGUUGAUUUUUUGAUGAAAGCGAAUAUUUGUGAUUCAACUUUCCAUAUUUGAGGAUUUUAGUCUAUAUUCUUUGGAAUGUCAUACUAUAGGAGUAGAUUAGGAUGUCUGAAAGGUAGCAUCAUUUAUCGAUUGUUAUUGCAUGAUAUUACUGGGAAAGUGGUAAUGCGUUUUUAUAUAUUUUUGAAAAAUGUGAGGUCACACCGUGGGUUUUGUAUCUUCGAACAAUAAUUGUCCGAGCUGGGACAACCUUGGCGACUCAGGAGAUUGAAUUCUGCCUCAAUACACGGCAUCUGGCACUGCGC